CUGGGUACCCUAAAAAGGGAGCAAUAUGAGCCCCGAGCCUUUUUUUCUGACUUUUUCUUUUUUUUAACUUUACUUCCCACACCACCCCUGUGGGUCUGAGCCCAUUUGGAAGGUUACUGUUCAAAGUCAGCAUGGAUCAUCCAGGAGGACACCUUGCUGUGGUUCUGCUCAUACUUGUUCUGGUUUCUAUGUCCACCGAAAACAACAUUAUCAGGUGGUGCACAGUAUCUGAUGCCGAAGAGCAAAAGUGUUUGGAUCUAGCUGGGAACGCCACAGCCAAGAGCAUCCGUGGACAACUUCUGUGUGUGAGGGGCCAAAGUCCCACUGACUGCAUGAAGCAAAUAAAGACUGGCACUGCAGAUGCCUCUACUAUGUAUGCUGAUGAGAUCUAUACAGCUGGGUUUUGCUAUGGCUUAGAUGUGGCUGUGGGAGAGUCUUAUAACGGUGUGGAUGGCAUUAAUUAUUACGUGGUUGCACUGGCACGGACAUCAUCCAGCGAUCUGUCACUGCUGGAGAUGCACGAACGCAGUUCUUGUCACCCAGGGAUGCGGACUACAGUGGGCUGGACCGUCCCCAUCGGUUUCUUGGUCAACACAUCGCAGAUCAGCGUGGAUGAGCAGUGCAAUUUUCCCCAUGCGGUAGGAGAUUUCUUUGGCUACAGCUGUGUCCCAGGAGUGAAGGACCCAGAACAUGAUCCCAAAGGAAACAACCCAAGGAACCUGUGUGAGGCCUGCAUUGGGGACGAGAACGACCACCACAUCUGCGCCAACAACCCUCGGGAACGGCACUUCGGGGAGGCUGGAGCUCUUAGGUGUGUGGCAGAGAAUCUCGGGGAUGUUGCUUUUGUUAAGCACACUACAGUCUUCGACAACAUGCAGGGCAAGAACCAGGAGUCUUGGGCGCUGGACCUGGAGCUGGAAGACUUGAAACUCUUGUGUACUGACGGGAGAGAAGCUAACCUGUUCCAACACGAGAGCUGCCACCUGGCUGUAGUGCCAACCAAUGCUGUGGUAGUGCGUUUGGAGGACAAAUGCCGCAUUUACAAGUUCUUGGAACGUGUGCAGAAUGCAUUUGCUAAUGCCACUGAAGGAUUCUCUCUGUUCAGCUCGGUGAAUUAUGGGCAACCUGAUGUGCUGUUCAGCGAUUCCACCAAAAAGCUACUGCGUGUUAUGGGAACCUACACUUCCUGGUUGGGGCCCAGUUACACCACCAUACUGAAGGCUUUUGAGUGUGAAGGUCUGUGUUGAUCUGAUGAGGAAAGAGGAAACUAUAGAUCUCCCCUCCAU